AUGCUGAUUUCGAUGGAUGGAGGUGUUGGUGGUCGCGUCGCCCCGGCUGUUGGCGGUAGCAGCAGCAGUAGGAGGAAGGUUACCUCACCCUCUACCAACGUCGAUGUCAAUGCCGCCAUCAUCGGUCUCAUGAAAUCCACCAAUGUCGAUGUCAAUGCCGUCAUCAAAAAGAUGAAGGUCACCGAAGACCAGGUCCGGAAGACCAUUAAGGCCGAACUGAUGGACGAAGUUGAGGCUGAGACUAAAGAAAGCUACAAAAAUAAGGAGAAGGCGAUGCGGACCAACCAGAGAAAAGGAAUUCUCGUCAUGGAGUGA